AUGAAUGAUGAAAGCGGAAGCAAAGAAGCAGCAGAACAGAGCAUUGCAGGAGAGGUACGCAGAAACGACAGCAACACGCAGGAGAGCGUGCCCAGGACCCAUAUCCGGAAAGUUAGCACCGGUAGGGUCGGGUCGUCGGUUGUCGGGACCGUCAUCGCCACCUGUUUCACCGACGAGUUCUCCUCUUCAACUUCUUGGACCUUGUGA